GAGACCGUAAGCAUGAUUGCUCGAUGCACACAGGCAAAAUAUUUUCAAUCUUGUCCUUAUCAGCUUUAUCAGGAAACAGCAUGAUUUGAUCUCGCGCUCUCAGCCAGCUCUGUAAAUCCUUGAUUUGUCUGCCGAUUUUGCCAUUUUUUCUUUAUCUACUCUUAGUGAUCAAUGAAAUAAGCAAACAAGGAGAGAGAGAGAGAGAAACAGCCAAGAGGGAUGUACUCAGGUGAGGUUGUGGAAUAACAGCUGUGUGGAGACAGACUGCCCAAACAGAACAGACUUACACAUCUGCACUUGAAAGGAGGGAGAGAGAGAGAGAGAGUGCACUGGCUCUGAGGGAUUGGGAAGAACGAAAUGUUGGAACUGGUUGCUCUCGCCUGACCCCCGACCCUAGCAUUGGUGCCAGCCUCGUCUGUGUCAGGUUGGAACUGCUAAUGACAGCAUUAAACGUCUGAGCUCAGAUGUAAAGGCUGUCCGUUUGCUUUUGCAUCGCCUUUGAUCUGAAUAUGGACUAGAAUGGAUUAACAAGACCACUGGGGAGAACAGUCAGUUACAAAAAAGAAACAUUAAAACAUAUUUCAAAGAUUUUAUUGAGAUUAUAUGCCGGACUGCAAUAAAGCACCAGCCCUGGUUAUAAUCAACCAACUGCUAACAGGAAUAAAGAUGUCACUUUUGUCACUAGGAAUAAGAAGUCUUGCUCGCAACUUACUUAGAAGUCCCAGACCAUGAACCAAGAUCAUAAAAUGGAACUUUUCUCUUUGUAAUCGUGUCCCUGGACAAUGCUUGACGAACAGCAAAAAGAAUGAUGGCUGGCCAUGUUGGCAGACUCUGUUAAGGGGAUAACUCUGUAGCAACAGUCACAUGAAAGCAAAUUGAAAAAUGAUCAGCUUGUGCCUGCAGUCCAUCACCGUGGCAACAGUCAUCUUUCUGUUGCUUACAACAGCAGUAACCUCAGCACAUUUCCGUGUUUGUGAGCCUUACGCAGAUGUCAAAGGGCGCUACCACUUUGGCUUCCAUUGUCCUCGUCUUUCGGACAGCAAAAGCUACAUGCUGUGUUGUCAUCACAACAGUACGACCUUUAAGUAUUGCUGCAAUGAGACAGAAUUUCAGGCAGUCAUGCAGCUCAACAUGACGGGACAGGCAGAGGGCUACAUGCACAAUAACUACAGUGCACUGAUUGGAGUAUGGAUUUAUGGUUUUUUUGUCCUAAUCCUGCUUGUACUGGACCUUCUCUACUACUCUGCCAUGAAUUAUGAGAUCUGUCAAUUUUACUUGUCUAAGUGGGGAAUCCGAGGCAGCUGGCUGAAGCAGGAUGAGGGCCAGUGGAACAGUUCUACUCAGGCCCAGGCCCAGACUCAGGCCCAGGCACAGGCCCAGGCCCAGACUCCAGCCCAGCCCCAGUCCCAGGCUCCAGCUCCAGCUCCAUCACCAUGGCCUAUGCAGAUGUUGAAGGCAGAUGCUCCGAGUCCAGUCUUGAUGUCUUUUCAAAGUUCAACUGCAUGAUGCAGAAUAGUGCCUGGAUAUCGCGAGAAGACAAGAGGGAACCAUUGAAAUACAGCAAGAGGAUCAUCUCAGUGACACAUCUGUAGAGUGAAGUAGCUAAUAGAGGACAUGGUGCUUGAUCUUGAUCCUGACUGUACAGAUAUUCCCAAAAUGAACUGAACUAGUAGCUCAUGUGAUUGAGUGUCUGGUAACUGAGUGCAAUAUUGGGAAACGUGUUUACUCAACUGAAUGUGACGUGUAAGCAAUAGUCUUCAUGUAGAACAAAAACACAGUAAACUGUGUGCACUCCAAAAUAUUCACCAUUACCUUGUCAUUAGUGUUCCUCAAGGCUGUGCAGAGUUAUAUUUCUAUACCCAGGGCACACACACCAUCUCUUUACCGAAUUUCUCAUUGCAUGAUAAAUGAACAAUAGCUGGGUAAAGUAUUCUCUGAGGAGCCACAUAACUUCUAGUCUGUAUCAGUUUACCUCUCACUCUCUGAUAUUACAAAGUGACUUCAGCCUGCUGCCGCUGAGUGGAACAAUGGCAAUAUUCGAGAACAGGAAGAAUUGUUCUUGCUGUCAGCUGACAGGAAAAGAGUUUUGACUGAAAUGUUACACCCUGUUUCUGUUUUACAGAAUUCCUAGAGUGAGGGCUGAAUUAUAGAAUAUUUUCUUAUACAAUCAUGGUUAUGACAUACUUGAGUGACUUGCCAUUCAAAUAUAUUGAUUCAAAAUCAAGAAGCGGUCCAAUAAUUCUGGAAAUCAUUAUUUAUAAGUUAAAGUGUAGAUACUUGUCCUGGGUGAUGGUGAUGGAAGUGGAUGAUAUUAGAUCAGGUGCCCAUUAAUCCUACAGCUGAUUGCUAUCAGUGGAAUUAAACACUAAGUGCUGAAUAUAAAAGGCGGCUGAUCUAAUAAUUCCUCUUUUUGUUUUUGCACCACUGCUUAAGACAAAUGAUUAGUCCCUAAUUUUUAUAUUUUGGGGUGGCACGGUGGCUCAGUGGUUAGCACUGUUGCCUCACAGCACCAUGGCUCCAGGUUCAAUUCCA